AGUUAACAAAGACGAAGUUUGUACUGAGGUCGAUGUUGUUUCUGACGUUAUCACAAUCUACACAUUUAAGGAUCGACCUCAUUUUGUUGAUCCAAGUUUGCCCACGGAUGCUGAGGUAGAAUGUCUUGCGGGCGGGCCAUGUCAUGUUCUUUAUCAUGUCACUCCUGGCACAGAAAAUGAAAACGAAUGUGUGACGUUUAAAGUAGAUCCACCUGCUGGGUUUGUGAAUUAUUUUCUCUUCUCAUCUUGUGAUACGUGUAAUAUUGGCGAUUCUACUAAUGGUAACUGUACAGUUGAUGUAUCUGUAGUCAACAAUAUUGCGGACAAAAACGCUACUAGAAGAAUCUGUCUGUCAGUCGGUCUAAAGGGAAUUUCAGUCGAUGGUGAGCAACGUUGUUUCAUCAUAAGAGUAAAAGACCAAACGACUAUCGUUAAGAAAGGAUGUCAGACGCUCGAAUGUAGAAAUGGAGGCUUUUGUGAUGGACAUGACAUGGACAAUCCCGUUUGCUUCUGUUCGAAAGGAUUUUCCGGGCCAGAAUGCAAUGAAGUGAAAGUAAACAGCCAAAUGACCGGACAACAAACACAGAGUUUCAUCGGAGAUUUUACAGUGCCGUCCGAGGUCAAGUGCGUUAUCGACGAGACAUGCAAUAUACCAUUCCAAGUAAUUUCAAAGAACAGAAGCUUUCCAAGCGUAUCUCUGGGAUAUCAUGAUCCACGGCUGAAUGUGAUGGAACCUUCUGUUACACCCUUCACAAGUUCUUCUAUAGUAUUUCAAGGAGAGGUUGAGUCUAUUCCAAAUACGAUGGGAGACUUCAGAUUCUGUCUGCAGACAACUUUCAACAGCAAAACUGAAGAUGAAAUAUGUGUCAUGAUUAAAGUGAUAGGUACAGCUGUGGACAAAAAGGACAAGACCAAGCCCUACUUUCUUCCCCCUACACUAUCAACUGAAGCUACUGUGAUGUGUGAAAUCAAAAAGGCUUGUCACUUCGACAUGCAUUUUACAUCUGGAGAUAUGUUUGCUGGAUUUACUGGAGUAUGUCCAUCUCUUACUGAGAGGAGUCCAAGUCCUGUCCAAGGUGUACAUAUAUUUAAUGUAAAGAGAGAGAACAGUACGGUGUGUACUGGGGAUGUCACGUAUGUUCCACCACAAGCAGACGGUCCGCACCAGCUUUGUCUCCAAGUAUCGUUACCAGGGAAAAAGGGUGAACGUAGAUGUUACACUAUAAAAGUAGUCACUGAUAUGGACAAAGAAGUUUUAUCGCCAUGUCGUGGAAUCACUUGUCAACACAACGGAAAAUGUAUGGCGGAUUUUAGGAAGGUGCCAGCAACUUACACGUGUAUUUGUACAUCUGCUGGAUUCACAGGGAAAAAUUGUGAAGAUGAUGGAAAAGACAAGAACAAGACUUUGCCAGGUGUCAGGAAUUUGAAUAGUACGGUUAGUGGAAUUCAACACUUUGAAAUAGACAGCGCAAUUCCAACCGACGUCAAAUGUGAAGAUAAUAGCGAAUGCUGCAUCAAUACACCGUAUAUUGGGAUGGAAAAUAAUCCUCCAUUGAUUGGUUUUAUGAGUUCCGGUUUAAAUAUAUCAAACAAAAUUGUGCUUGGAAGUGGAGGUACUGAUCAGACAAGGCAUAUUUUACAGACAUGUGUUAAAGCACCGCUAGGUGGUCCCUAUAAAUUAUGCCAGCAAACUACUACUAAUGGCACAAAUAAAGGGGUGAAUAUUGACGAGAUUUGCACGAAUAUUACAGUACAACAUAAAAGUAAGCCUUCAAUUUAG